CCUUCCUAGAGACUUUACCUUUAGGAAGACUUUUUAAACCUGGGAUUAAGUGUGAACUGAGAUUCGAAUGUGUCGAGGAUGCUUGUCACGGAUAUGUUAUGGUGCGAAGCUGGAUUGAUCAUAUCGCUUUAAUCCACUUGUAGCCUGCCCCGACCCCCCUACCCCCACACCCAUGUCAGAUCUUCCCUAAAUUAUGGAACUUUUUUGGAAGACGCUGACUUGGAUAUUUAGCCUGGUCUUGGCCGCUGCUGAAUCUCAGAUCCUUUCAUACAACUCUCAAGCGCAAUUCCUGUCCACGCUGGAGCACUAUCAGCUGACAGUCCCAGUGCGGGUGGAUGAGAGGGGCCAGUUCAUGAGUUACACUGUGAAGCAUUACAGGCCCGGUCGGCGGAGACGUGGACUGGACCAGGCUGAGCUGGAUCACACUGAGACCAGGCUUUUUUACAAACUCUCCGCCUACGGCAAGCACUUUCACCUGAAUCUGACACUCAACCCCAAUCUGGUUUCUAAACAUUUCACAGUAGAGUACUGGGGCAAAGACGGACUAGACUGGCAGCAUUCAGUCAUCGAUAACUGCCACUAUGUUGGAUAUCUACUGGAUCAAUAUAGCACUACAAAAGUGGCAUUGAGCAACUGCAAAGGCUUGCAUGGUGUCAUAACCACAGAGGACGAGCAAUAUUUAAUAGAGCCAUUAAAAAAUAUAUCCAGAAAUUUCAGUGAUGUCAACCACGAAGGACAACCACAUGUUAUUUAUAAAAAGACUUCCAUUCCCUCUCCACAAGAGCCAAGCGAGGAGUUCAGCUGUGGUGUUUCAGACCUCACAAUAAGCAGGACACCGUGCUACGAUACCAACCCUGAAGAAAACCCACCGUACCCAGUCCCGGGCAGCGACAGCUCGACGGGUGGCCAUCGCCAGCGCCGGUCCGUCAGUUCUGAACGCUUUGUGGAGACCCUAGUGGUGGCGGACAAAAUGAUGGUUGGCUACCACGGUCGCAAAGACAUCGAGCACUACAUCCUGUCUGUAAUGAAUAUUGUUGCCAAACUUUACCGCGAUGCCAGUCUUGGAAACGUUGUGAACAUUAUUGUAACCCGACUGAUUGUUCUGACAGAAGAUCAGCUCAACUUGGAGAUAAACCACCAUGCAGACAAAUCUCUAGACAGCUUCUGUAAAUGGCAGAAAUCCAUUCUUUCUCAUCAGGGGGAUGGAAACAGUAUCCCAGAGAAUGGGAUCGCCCAUCACGACAAUGCUGUGCUCAUUACAAGGUAUGACAUCUGCACCUAUAAGAACAAACCCUGCGGUACUCUCGGUUUGGCGUCUGUAGCCGGAAUGUGUGAGCCAGAGAGGAGCUGUAGUAUUAAUGAAGAUAUAGGCCUUGGCUCUGCCUUCACUAUUGCACAUGAGAUCGGACACAAUUUCGGCAUGAACCACGAUGGGAUCGGGAACUCCUGCGGGACCAAAGGUCACGAGACAGCCAAGCUGAUGGCGGCCCAUAUCACAGCCAACACCAAUCCCUUCUCCUGGUCAGCCUGCAGCAAGGACUAUAUCACCAGCUUUUUGGACUCAGGUCGGGGAACGUGUCUGGACAAUGAGCCUCUGAAACGAGACUUCCUGUACCCCACUGUGGCUCCAGGGCAGGUGUACGAUGCAGAUGAGCAGUGUCGUUUCCAGUACGGUGCCUCCUCCCGUCAGUGCAAAUAUGGGGAAGUGUGUAGAGAGCUCUGGUGCCUUAGCAAAAGUAAUCGCUGUGUCACCAACAGUAUCCCUGCCGCAGAAGGAACCCUGUGCCAGACCAGCACCAUUGAAAAGGGGUGGUGUUAUCAGGGUGAAUGUGUGGCGUUUGGGACAUGGCCGCAGAGCGUGGACGGAAGCUGGGGACCUUGGACAACCUGGGGCGAGUGCAGUCGUACCUGCGGUGGUGGCGUCUCCUCGUCCAUGCGACAUUGUGACAGCCCAGCGCCGACAGGCGGAGGGAAGUACUGUCUCGGAGAGAGGAAGCGCUACAGAUCGUGCAACACUGACGCUUGUCCAGCAGGAUCACGUGACUUUAGGGAGAAGCAGUGUGCCGAUUUUGACAACAUGCCUUUCCGUGGGAAGUACUACAACUGGAAGCCAUACACUGGAGGUGGAGUGAAACCGUGUGCUUUGAACUGUCUGGCUGAGGGCUACAACUUCUACACCGAACGUUCCCCCGCGGUCAUCGACGGCACGCGCUGCCAGGCCGACUCGCUGGACAUAUGCAUCAAUGGAGAGUGUAAGCAUGUUGGCUGUGAUAACAUCCUGGGCUCGGAUGCCAAGGAGGACAGAUGCCGUGUGUGCGGCGGGGACGGCAGCACAUGUGAGGUCACCGAAGGACUGUUCAACGAUUCGCUACCCAGAGGAGGUUACAUGGAGGUCGUCCAGAUACCUAAAGGAUCGGUUCAUAUUGAAAUCAGGGAAGUGGCCGUGUCAAAGAACUACAUUGCUUUGAAAUCGGAGGGGGAUGACUAUUACAUCAACGGAGCCUGGACCAUCGACUGGCCCCGCAAAUUUGACAUCGCAGGAACAGCCUUCCACUACAAGAGGCCGACCGAUGAACCCGAGUCGCUAGAAGCUCUAGGGGCCACCACUGAAAAUCUGGUGGUUAUGGUGCUGCUACAGGAACAGAACCUGGGCAUCCACUACAAGUUCAAUGUGCCCAUCCAGCGUACAGGAAGUGGGGACAAUGAAGUGGGCUUCUCUUGGCACCAUCUGCCCUGGUCUGAGUGCUCAGCAACAUGUGCAGGAGGUUCGCAGAAGCAGGAGGUGGUGUGUAAAAGACUGGAUGACAACUCCGUGGUCCAAAACAGCUACUGUGACUCGGACAGCAAACCGCCAGGGAACCAGCGGCCCUGUAACACCGAGCCUUGCCCUCCCGAGUGGUUUAUAGGUGACUGGUCAGAAUGUGGGAAAACCUGUGACGGAGGCAUCCGAACACGUACUGUUUUGUGUAUACGUAAAAUCGGCCCCGCCGAGGAGGAGACCCUGCAGGACAGCCACUGUCUGACCCACCGACCAAUAGAGCAAGAGUCUUGCAACAAUCAGUCCUGCCCACCCCAGUGGGUGACGCUGGAUUGGUCUGAGUGUACCCCAAAGUGUGGCCCUGGCUUCAAGCAUCGUAUUGUUCAGUGUAAAAGUAGCGACCUGACCAAAACCUUCCCACCAGCCCUCUGUGCGGACCAUAACAAACCCCCGGUCCGGAUUCGCUGCAGCCUUGGUCGCUGUCCGCCGCCACGCUGGAUCCCUGGAGAAUGGGGACAGUGCUCUGCUCAGUGUGGACUAGGGCAGCAGAUGCGGACGGUUCAGUGUCUGUCGUAUACGGGACAGCCCUCCACCGAAUGUCCAGACUCACUGCGGCCCAACACCAUGCAGCAGUGUGAAAGCAAGUGUGACGCUACACCCAUCUCCAGUGGCGACGAGUGCAAAGACGUAAAUAAGGUGGCAUAUUGCCCAUUGGUGCUGAAGUUCAAGUUCUGCAGUCGUGCGUACUUCAGGCAGAUGUGCUGCAAGACGUGCCAAGGACACUGACCCUGCGGAGAGAAGCAGAGACAGAUGCUGCAACAAGGAAAGAGAGAGAAACUGGCAGAGAGAAAAGCAGACCAGUGUUGGAGGAGUCAACACUGGGCAUGGAGAAGGAAGCCUCUCUCUCUUGCUCAUCAACACACACAUAACUGCUUUUAGCCCUGUGGAACCCAAACCACUGCUCAGCACUGCGCUGACACCUGUUUUAUUUUCACUUCUGUGAAGUGGGAAUGUAUAAAAUGAUCAUUAUUGUUGUUAUUUUUAUAAUAAUAAUAAUAAUAAUUGCUAAUGGUUAUUAUUAUUAUCAAUGUCUUUCUGUUGUUAUAAUCCAAAGUGCUGGACACAACGCUCACAGAAGUAGCACGGCAGAGGUUUACUUCAAGGCGCCCAUCUACAGGAGUUUGGGAUGUUGGUAUAUCCCCUUGUCUCACAUAAACACUCCUCCCACGGUUCUGUUGGCAACUCUGCAUUCAGAGGCAUUCGAAGCGAUGGCGAUUACUCACGCUGGCAGCAUCAGAGCAAUUGGAAGUCAUUUGUUUUCAAUAAGAGUUGGCGAUUUGAAGCCACAUGAGCAUCAGAGACUGACCACAACCAACAAUGGGAGUGCGAACACUGCCAUACACGUGAUCUGCCACAUGAUAGGAACGUUUCCAAACAAUGGACAGGACAGCGACUU